UAUGCCAGUAUAAUUACUCCUGAAAAUGGAAAACGAGCAUAUUAACCCCAGGUGUGCCAGUAUAAUUACUCCUGAGAAUGGAUAACGAUAUUAACCCCAGGCAAGCCAGUAUAAUUGCUACAGGUAAUGGAUAACCAGCAUAUUAACCUGAGAUGUGCCAGUACAAUUACUACAGGAAAUGGAUACCUUUUGGGUGUUAGGGGCCCCCCGGCCAUGCUAUACUCACUAUUGGGCCAGACCCUCUCUGCUGUCACUCAGCUGCAGAAUUGAGUAGAGAGGGCAGAGCUGUAGUGCCUGCUAGAGUCCUGCAUCAGGUUGGGUACCCGUUGGAUAUACGUAAAAUGGUCGGGACUCAAGCGGAAUCUACUUGAUGUCCCCACUGUGCCGGUAACCUGUGGGUACCCAACCUGUUGCAGUGAGUGGCUAUUUAGGGGUAACAAAUUAAAUUCUACUUUUUGCAAUAGGGAGCAACUUUGGGCAUCUUUGAAGGCACAGAUUUUCCCUAAAGGUCUGUGCCAUUGCUGAAGAAGCCUGUCCAGUUUUCAGCCCAGUUUUCAGAGGGGCUGUCUGGGUAUAAGCUGCCUCCAAACUGGGAAAUUCAGACAAACUUUGAAUUGAAUGGGGCCAGCCAAUCGCUGAUUGCAAUGUCAUGAUCCUGCCCCCUGAUGUCAUAGACUGAACCCCAAAAUGUCACCGCCACUGACAACAUCUGCCUGCUCCCAACGUCAUUGGCUGGACUUCCAAGUCGGAAAAUGUGGCAACUCUAUAUAAGGUCUAUGUGUCUAGAUGAAUUAUUUGUUAAGCUUUAAUGCCCAAUAAUUAUUAAAUGGAUGUAUUCCUACGCUUUGGUUUAUAAACACCAAGGAAGGGGCGUGUGGGAGGGACAUUCCUGGAAGGACCCAGUGUGGAGGCAGAAAUAAAGCCAACAAGUCUCCCAUAUUGUAGCCAAUGGGCUGUACCCAGAGCAGAGGUACUGUAAGUGGGACCUCUUUGAAUGGCCCAAACAACAUGUAAAGCAUUUUCCAAUUAGAGCAGGCACCAUGAAUUCAUUUAUUUUUUUUACUUUCCCUUCAACCAGCCAAGGAUGGAUGGAGUCAGCAGUAGCAGCUGGCAAGCCACAGGCUGGGUGUCCCUAAAUAGCCCAUUAGAAAGCAGAGAAAAGCAUUAGAACAGCAUCUCUGCCCAUUUAAUUGGGGCUUUUAACGGGGCUUCUGGUGUUAAAUGUAUGUCCCCCAUUAGCCUGUGUUUAUGCCAAACACCUUGAAACUCUAUAUGGGCCCCCAUACAAGGUUAAUGCCAACCUUCCAUCAUCCUUUCAUUCAAGUCAAUUACAAGAGAAGGGGUGAGAGGGAAAUCAGUGGGAAGGGGGUAUCCCCUUGUGCCUAGGCCGGCGGAAUAAUAAUACAGCCAAUGUACAAAGCUUAAUUAAAGUGCAUUACAAGCCGCUUUUCAAUUCACCUGCAUCCGAGAUGCACUGGGCUUCCUUUGUGACCUGCUGAAGCAUAGGAAUUCAGGCGCUGGGCGAUUUCUCCGGCAGGGCCGUGAUAAAGGCCUCGUCUUUCCUCAUGACAAAGCCCUGGCUUGUGUUUCUGACUCAUUGGUUCCAGUUCAAGGGGGCUGCUUUUAUUAUACUUUUUUUUUUCUCCCAGAUUCUCAUCACAGCCGGGCGAUUGUUACAUUCCUCCUUCUCGGAUUACCUGGCUCAGGUGGAGCCUUGGCUGGGAAGUUGACUCUAGAGGUCCUCGUGUUCUGAGUGUUGAUGGACGCGCCCUUCAGCCUGUGCUGCCCCAACGCCAUGCUCAUUGUGCGCAUUGUGAGGACUGGCAGUGCCUGGGACUGCAGCAGCGCAGCAUGGAGGGCAGCGGAGAUCCAACGCCCUCCGUAGACAGAAGACCCCCAGAAAGAUCUAAAGCUCCAUCUAAGAUCUUCUGGGGCCUGCUGGCUGUAGCUUUGCUGUUUUCCAUAGUGGGAAUAAGUGUGGUCGGCUUUCUGGGCUGGAAAGACAAUCAAACAAAGCCUCAUUUACAGGUUGUCCGCCUCACCUUCAAGAACCCCCAAGGUUCCCCCAUGAACCAGUCUGCAGUUACAGACAGAACGAGGAACACCGUGACCUACUGGGUGACCUCCAGGAAUCAGACCUCCGUAGUGCUGUUCGACAGUAAGCACAGCUUGGUUUGCUACAGGGCGGCCGGUGAGAGAUCUUGCUUCCUGCGCAAGAUGGAAGUACAUGACUUUGAAAACAUCCAGUCCAUUCUCAACAUGUCUGAACCCAAGCAGGACGAGGUGAUCCUUCAACAGAAUAACAGGACGCGGUUCUACCGGGAGUUCUUGGGGAUUUUGGGAAGUCGGAAGGUCAGUUACGAGCUUGUAGGGGAAGCAGUGCAAAUGCUGUGCGACCAGCUGCCCAUUUACUGGGUGAAGAAGAGUGAAGGCCCAGCCCGGCAACGUCUGAUUUACCUCUGCAUUGAUAUCUGUUUCCCCAACAACAUCUGCGUCUCUGUUUGUUUCUACUAUCUGCCCGACUAAAGCCACGCGGUGUCGCCGCCCUGCGCCUCGCGCCCAGCAGUAACCUUCCCGCAGAAGUUUGCACAUGAUUUGUAAUGUUCACCGUAGGAUUUGUCUUGUAUGUAUUCUGUAAGCUUGUGUAUCAGGCACACUGCGCAGUCCAUCCAGCCAAGCCCACCCAUUGUAGCAUCAGCAACGCAGAGUAGUAGAGACAGGGAGGUGCCAGCCAGGGAGGGGCAAUUGCAUUUUUGUGCUCCAUAUUUAAAAAGAAAACAUACAACCCCUACUAUCCCCUCGCUUGCUGAACUAGUGCAAGGAUGAUGGGAGCUGCAGUUUUACAUUAGCUGGAGCGUUGGUGGGUGCCUCUCUCAUCAUCUAACUACAUGGUAUAACUGAUCCGCCACUGGCAUUCUGAGACAACAUAUGGCCCAGAGAAAUGACCAGGUUGGGGGGAAAAGACUGGGCCAUUCAGGGUUGGACUGACCUAUCAGGAUACCAGAGAAUCUCCAGGUGGGCCCCACUGUAUGGCCAAUCCCAUCAGUUCUCUUAUUGCUAUUAGAGCUGUAAAAAUACAGGUAGAACUUAAAGGGGCUGUUUACCUUUAUAUUAACUUUUAUAGAAUGGCUAACGU